AUGGACAGCGUCCAAAAAGGUCUUCCGGAUGUAUCCACCGAGAAUCCUCAGCUUACCCUAGAACAUAUCUUGUCAUCGGAACCCAUUACAAAGCAUUUGGACAUCUUGACAAACAUCCUCCGGCAAGGAAGAACCGUUGAUGAGCGGAUAAGUGCAUUGAUCCACGCAGCUUGGGAGCACGUUCGCCGCGAGGAGCUGUGGUCCAGCCGUUUCGACAGUCUGGACGAGUAUCGCCAUUUCAUCGGCUUUGAAGAGCAUGUCAAGCCAGUCUUGCGCCGGCACAAGCGAUCUGACCGCUCCAAGCAGCUCAGUGCUCGCAUGAUCGCGCAGCACUGGGACAGCCCUUUCCACCUGGUUUUACCCGCCUCCUUGCGACCCCCCUUUUGGAGCAAACACCUACUCAACUCCCUGGCGUCGCUCAGCCGACUCAAACCCCUCCCGGAGGCUGUUCACCUGCUUCAAGAGAGUGUGAAAAAGCGACCGCGCAGGGGCCGGACACAGCCCCACCUUCUGGCAAGUGACAUUGAACGAGUCCUCGAGGCUAUGCGGGUGCCGCGCCAGGGCAGGCGAGGAAGGAAAAAUUCCGUCAUUUCGAUUGACUCCAUUCUCACCGGGCACGAGAGCCCGACUACAACCCUGGUUGGAUCGGACAGCCACGAGAACGGAGCCUCGCCCCAAGGACCAUCGACGAUGGUCUCGGAGAAGUCGUUUCUGGAUGACCAGACCCAAUGUCCCUGCUCGCCUAUGUUAUUCCCACUCCUAGCCAUUCUGGCUGAAAGCAAGGCUCAAUGGACUUCGCAUUUUCUAGCUAGAUUACUCCAGUGGGCGAGUCGAAUGUCGUGGGAAAGCCUCUGCACGAAUCACCUACAACAGCUAUAUCGCCAUGCAACCCAGUCAGAUGGGCUGGACCUAGAUCGUUCUCUUAUGAGUCAAGAUCUUGAGAAACUUUCAUCCACCCUCAACGGCGAGGAGGCGAGCAUGCCCGACGACUUCCCCGACUUCUUACCCACGCCGGCGGCCGGGAAACAGGAGAGGCCGAUACCCAACGCUUUCAAGAGUUUUGUGAAGGACGAACCGUCUUUAUGGUCUUCACUCCAGCAAAACGGGUAUCUUCAUAUUCCAGGUUUCUUCGCUUACAUGGAAACGCGCGGCAUCUUCCCACGCGUGCGCCAUACUUUGGCCCGAUACGCCUCCGACGACCAGGGCCAGGUCCUCAGUCAAAAGUGCUAUCAGUUUCUCCGUCAAAUGAUCCAACAAGAUCCCGCGUACUACGCGGUUGUCGCAUCCUGUCGUCCGGAUGGGCAGUGGAGAUUGCUCAAUCGGUCGCUGGACUCCGCUUCUACUUGGGUAGCGGGCGGGAUGCUUUCUGUACCAGGGUCAGUCCAGCGCGAGAGUGAUAUUCAAAGUACAGUUAUGCUCCCUACCUUCUGCGAGGAACACUGCGUGAAUCUCGUGCCGGGCUCCCACACCAUGUUCGCCCCUCCUUCUCACAACAACGAGUACUCACCAGCAGGUGUGAUAGAGAUAGGCAAACCGAGCUCCAUCCGAAUGCGACCGGGGGAUCUGCUCCUCACCAUGCCGCAUCUGCUUCGCUUCCCACAAACCUUCGCAUCUCAUGCGUUAGUGAACCUGUCCCAGGAUGCGGCGGACCUUCGAGGAAAUACAACAAGGUGGAGUCAUCAGCUCUCCACGUCAGCCCUAGCUCAGCCUUCAGAUGCUCCAGGGGCAGACGAAUGCAGCGUCGACAUCGUCUCCGCAAUCGGCGAAGCCCUCGCCGGCCGCCGCGCCUGGAGCGAUCGCAAGGUCCUGCAUCAGCAGACGAUCCUCUCCGGCUUGGACACAGCAGCCGCAACGAGCUUUGUGGAUAAAGUUCGCGAGAGGCUUGUCUUGGAGUUUCAUGAAGCUCUGGAUAUUGUGGAGAUUAGCCACGCCGAGUCGGCUGCUGCGCUGGCUGCUGACGUCCUACUCAGCGAUGUCUCCACAGAGACCGACUGGGCGGCUACGGAGCUGGGAAUGAGCACUCUGCUAAACGUAGAGCCACUUUGGCUGCCGGAAUCGUUUGAUCACAUGAGUCUGCAGGAUCUGGGGUUUGACGCCCUUGGAGAGAUCGAUCUCUUUCCGACAUUGGAUUAG